CACUCGCUCACUCACAUUCUCUGUGCAUCACUACUCCCCCCGCCCCCGCCGCGCGCCCUUGUCCGGUCGGUGCGAGUGCUCCAGGUCAAGCCGGCCUGGUUCUCCUCUAUCGGACACUGGCCGCGGUGUUCGACAAGAUUUUCCGUCUACUACAACCACUGCGCUCUGCCCGCUCUGCCCACCAUGCCAAGUAGCACCAGCGGCAGGAGCGAGAGCAGCGCCGACUCGCCGUCGCCCGUGUCGACGCCCGUGUCGGUCGUGUCGUCGAUCACGACACUGUCCGAGGGCGAAAGUUUGACGACAUCUCCCCUUAACCGGCCCCGGCAGCUCGCCAAAGCGGCACCGGCAGUAGCAGCCACGACCGUGCCGGCCCCAUCAGCAGCAGCAGCAGCAGCAACACCAGUAGCAACAGCAGUAGCAUCGACAUCGACAUCACAACCCUCGUCCGCGCCAACAUUAAUACAGCAUCGGCCGAAGCAGCGACAACGCAUGCACCCCUACGCGGGGCAUGCGCCGGUCGGCCGCUUUGGCAUGCCCCGAUUUGGCAUGAACACCGCCCAGCCACACUGUCCCCCACUCGACCUCGUCACAGGCAUGAACCGCACCUGGAACUACCUGUGCAUCUUCUUCAACAUUGCACUGAGCGAGAACUAUCGCGCGCAGCUGUAUGACAAGACGCGGAGCGCAAUGAUGCUGUGCGCCGAGCUGUCCGCCGCAGACCCAACAUACUCGUCCGACCCGGGCGUGCAGGACGCCGUCGCGUCCGCACGCGCAUGGGAGGCGACCGCCGAGCUGCUCGGCACCGACGCGUUCGCCAAGCUGGGCGAGCACUUUGCCGAGCUCACCGAGGCGCGCCGUGUCGUGCAUGAGCGGCCUGGCGUUGCUGCCGCCGAAGUCGAGAAACGCGUCCGCCAGCUGUACUCGCUCGACGACGAUGCGGAUAUCACGACGCCCCACCUCGACGCAGAAAUCGUGCUCACCGAUCUAUCGGCGCGGUACGAUGCCGCGUUCCGAUCGCUGUGGUCGCAAGACCCGAUAUCCUACCUCACGUCCCUGACGACGGCGGACGCGCCGGUCGCAGAAGCGCGGCUGCUGUUCGACAUUGUCGAGUCGAUGGACAAGGAAGGGUUGAUGGACCACGACGCGCUGUUCCCCGAGGACGACGAGGACGAGUCGGGGAGCUCGACGUCGUGGGCUCCCCGCUCGCACGCCCAAGCACGGGACGACGCGAUCGCGUUCGAGCGCAUGCGUUGGGAGCAGUGUCUCGCGCGUGCGCGCGAGCGGUGCAUGUCGGUCGAUAUGCGCCGGCGCGAGUGGGCGCGCGUGCGUGUCCAGGAGCUGCUGGACGGCGGCGCGGGUCUUGCCGCGUGGCGCCGGGAGCGGAGUCGAUGAGGAGGAGGAGGAGGAGGAGGA